AUGGCUUUUUCUUCACGUUGUUUCAGUAAUUUGCAUCCAGUUUUAUUAUUGUUAAUCUUAUUGUUUCUACUGGGAAAUCCCUGUUCAAAUUCAGUUUGGGUAUCAGCUGCUUCGCUUGACUCCGAUUUCGACUCGGAUUUACUGCUAUUCCAUCAGGACUACACCCCGCCGGCGCCGCCUCCUCCUCCGCCGCACCCGCCUUCGCUUUCCUGCGAUGACGAUCUUGGCGGCAUCGGCUCUUUGGAUACUACCUGCGAAAUGGCUUCUAAUUUGAACCUCUCCAAGGACGUCUACAUAGCAGGGAAGGGCAAUCUUGUAAUUCUUCCAAAUGUUAACAUAAGCUGUUCCUCGUUUUCUGGUUGUGAAAUUGUGAUAAAUGUUACUGGGAACUUCACUUUGGGAGAGAAUUCGACAAUAGCAAGUGGUACUUUUGAGUUGUUUGCAGAUAAUGCUAAUUUUGGGAAUAAUUCAGCUUUGAAUACUACUGGAUUAGCUGGGUCGCCGCCGCCUCAGACUAGUGGGACCCCCCAGGGGGUUGAUGGGGCAGGUGGGGGACACGGAGGCAGAGGGGCAGCUUGUUUAACAGACACAAGUAAACUCCCGGAGGACGUGUGGGGUGGGGAUGCAUACUCGUGGUCGAGUUUACUAAAACCUUGGAGUUAUGGAAGCAGGGGUGGGACCACGAGUCGAGAAAUUGACUAUGGGGGUGGUGGAGGUGGGAGGGUAUUGUUAAUGAUUUUGAGGCUUUUGGAGUUGAAUGGGAGUGUUUUGGUGGAAGGAGGAGAUGGGGGUACCAAAGGUGGAGGUGGUUCUGGUGGCAGCAUCUACAUCAAGGCUUAUAGGAUGAUUGGAACUGGUAGCAUAAGUGCUUGUGGGGGUAAUGGUUUUGCUGGAGGUGGCGGUGGAAGAGUUUCUGUCGAUAUUUUUAGUAGGCACGAUGAACCUGAGAUAUCUGUAAAUGGAGGCAGUAGUCUUGGCUGCCCGGAGAAUGCAGGUGCUGCGGGUACAUUUUAUGAUGCUGUUACUCGCAGCCUUACAGUCAACAAUCACAACAAAUCAACAUAUACAGAAACCCUUCUCAUGGAAUUUCCUCAACCAUUUUUGACUAAUGUCUAUAUACGUAAUCAGGCAAAGGCUUCCGUUCCUUUGCUGUGGAGUCGUGUCCAGGUUCAAGGAACAAUCAGCCUUUUGUGCGGUGGAGUGUUAAGCUUUGGGCUAGCACAUUAUUCGAUGUCAGAAUUUGAAUUAUUGGCAGAAGAGCUGUUAAUGGGUGAUUCUGUAAUUAGAGUUUUUGGGGCUCUUCGCAUGUCUAUCAAAAUGUUUCUGAUGUGGAAUUCAACGAUGCUAAUAGAUGGAGGUGGAGAUGAAAAUCUCGAGACAUCACUACUUGAAGCUAGUAAUCUUAUAGUUCUCAAGGAGUCAUCUCUUAUUCAUUCAAAUGCAAAUCUGGGAGUUCAUGGGCAAGGUUUAUUAAAUUUAUCAGGACCAGGCGAUUGCAUUGAAGCCCAACGUCUUGUAUUAGCAUUGUUUUAUAGCAUCAAUAUUGGACCUGGAUCUGUUCUGCGCGGUCCUUUAGAAAAUGCCUUGGAUAAUGCUGUGGUGCCAAAACUCAACUGUGAUUCACAAGAUUGCCCUAUUGAACUGCUUCAUCCACCUGAGGAUUGCAAUGUGAAUUCUUCUCUGUCGUUUACUCUACAGAUCUGUCGAGUUGAGGAUAUCCUUGUUGAAGGUUUCAUUGAAGGAUCUGUUGUUCAUUUUCAUAGAGCUAGAACCAUUACUGUGCGUUCUUCUGGAAUGAUAAACACAUCUGAUAGGGGCUGCACUGGAGGUGUGGGUCAAGGAAAAGUUUUGAGUAAUGGUCUUGGCAGUGGUGGCGGUCAUGGCGGUAGAGGUGGAAUGGGGUGUUACAAUGGAAGCUGCAUUGAGGGUGGCAUAUCAUAUGGAGAUGCCGAUUUGCCUUGUGAAUUGGGUAGUGGAAGCGGAAAUGAUAGCUUGGCAGGGUCGACUGCUGGUGGUGGUAUUUUAGUGUUGGGUUCUUCAGACCAUCCAUUGUACAUUUUAUCUGUUGAAGGCUCAGUUAGAGCUGAUGGAGGAACUUUUAGGGAUAAUCUCCAAAAGAAGAAUAUCAUUACAGAUGUUGGGAAUAUUGGACCGGGGGGUGGAUCUGGUGGAACUAUCUUGUUGUUUCUGGGUACUCUGACUCUUGGUGAAUCUGGCAUUUUAUCAAGUGCUGGAGGUGAUGGUAAUCAUAGUGGUGGUGGCGGCGGUGGUGGUGGGAGGAUUCAUUUUCAUUGGGCAGACAUUUCCAUUGGUGAUGUAUACCAGCCAAUAGCUAGCGUGGAGGGAAGCAUCGAUACAGGGGGUGGAUUGGGUGGCAACCAAAGCCAAACUGGCGAAAAUGGAACAGUCAGUGGAAAAGCUUGUCCCAUGGGGCUUUAUGGAAUAUUCUGCAAGGAAUGUCCGCCUGGCACUUAUAAAAAUGUUACGGGAUCUGAUAGAUUCCUGUGUUUUCCAUGUCCAAGUUAUGAGCUUCCCCAUCGUGCUGUUUAUAUUUAUGUCCGAGGCGGCGUUACUAAAACACCUUGUCCUUACAAAUGCAUAUCUGAGAGAGAUCACAUGCCACAUUGUUAUACAGCUCUUGAAGAGUUGAUACACACAUUUGGAGGGCCCUGGUUAUUUGGUCUUCUGCUUUUGGGUCUCCUCAUUUUGCUAGCAUUAGUGCUGAGUGUUGCACGGAUGAAAUUCAUUGGGGGUGAUGAGUUACCAGGCCCUGCUCCUACUCAACAGGGUUCUCAAAUAGAUCACUCCUUUCCUUUCUUGGAGUCACUUAAUGAGGUUUUGGAGACUAACAGAGUUGAAGAAUCCCAGAAUCACGUGCAUAGAAUGUAUUUUACUGGUCCAAAUACAUUUAGAGAACCUUGGCAUCUUCCUCAUACACCUCCUGAACAAGUAAAAGAAAUUGUAUAUGAGGGUGCAUUUAAUGCAUUUGUGGAUGAGAUCAAUGCUCUUGCUACAUAUCAAUGGUGGGAAGGAUCAGUACACAUUAUUCUUUGUAUUCUUGCCUACCCUCUUGCAUGGUCAUGGCAACAGUGGCGGCGGAGAAUGAAAUUACAACGAAUUCGAGAAUUUGUGAGAUCAGAAUAUGACCAUGCUUGCUUACGUUCUUGCCGUUCACGUGCAUUGUAUGAAGGGCUGAAGGUGGCUGCAACACCUGAUCUAAUGCUAGCAUACAUUGACUUUUUUCUUGGCGGUGAUGAGAAGAGAAGUGAUCUUCCUCCUGGUCUCCACCAAAGAUUUCCAAUGUCUCUAUUAUUUGGAGGUGAUGGAAGUUACAUGACUCCUUUCUCACUCCAGAAUGACAACAUCAUCACCAGUCUCAUGAGUCAGUCCGUGCCACCUACCACAUGGUAUCGCUUUGUGGCUGGUUUGAAUGUACAGUUGCGCUUGGUACGCCGGGGUUGCCUCAGAGCAAAGUUUCGCCCUGUCCUCAAAUGGCUUGAAACUUUUGCCAAUCCUGCUUUAAGGAUAUAUGGUAUUCAAGUGGAUCUUGCCUGGUUUCAAGCUACGACUGACGGUUAUUGUCAUUAUGGACUUUGGGUAUAUGCUGUUGAAGACGGAACGGACCAUGUAUCUUUAGAAGGACCAGAUGAAGUACCUAGAAGUCAGCAGCAUUCACGUGGUAUAUAUACUCGAGAGGAGACAUAUUUAAGUCGCAGUCAGAGAAGCACUGGGGAUAACUUAAGGCGGAAGAUUUAUGGUGGGGUUUUAGAUAUUAACAGUUUGAAGAUGCUCAAGGAAAAAAGAGAUAUACUUUUUGUGCUCUCUUUUCUAAUUCAUAACAACAAACCUGUUGGCCACCAGGAUCUUGUCGGUUUGGUCAUAUCUAUUCUGCUUUUAGGAGAUUUUAGCUUGGUAUUGCUCACAUUACUCCAGCUGUUUUCACUUUCCCUGGCGGAUGUCUUUCUUGUUUUGUUCAUUUUACCUCUUGGGAUUUUGCUUCCAUUUCCUGCUGGAAUUAAUGCUUUAUUCAGUCAUGGACCUAGGCGAUCAGCAGGUCUUGCGCGUGUAUAUGCUUUGUGGAACAUCACAUCUUUUAUAAAUAUUGGUGUUGCAUUUCUCUGUGGAUAUGUUCACUAUAGCACGCAGUCAAGGAAGAAAAAUCCGUACAUUCAGCCAUGGAAUAUGGAUGAAAGUGAGUGGUGGAUUUUUCCUCUUGGACUGGUUUUAUGUAAAUGUAUCCAAUCGAAGCUCGUUAAUUGGCACAUCGCAAAUUUGGAGAUUCAAGAUCGUUCCUUGUAUGUUAAUGACUUCGACUUGUUCUGGCAAUCGUGA